CUAACGAACCCACCUGUACCAUAUCCAUCGAUGGCCACGAAUACCGCUGCCUCGUCGACACAGGGGCCACCUUCUCUACGCUCAGUGAUAGCCACCUACGACCCAGCUCUCAGAAACAACGUAUCAUGGGCAUAGACGGAAUCCCCCGAACCUGCAACCUCUCCGAACCCACCACUGUGACACUGGGACCCCUGACAGCCGAGCAUUCCUUCCUCCUGACCUCCAGCCCCAUCAACUUAUUGGGACGGGACCUCCUGUGUAAACUCAAAGCAACCAUCAUGUGUAGUUCAGAAGGCAUCUAUCUACACAUGCCAGAGGAAUCUGUAAUUACCUUCCAGGGCAUCCUACAGGAGGAGAAACUACCUGACUUAGAUAUUCCCCCCGAGUUAGCGAACUCUGUCCCAGUGUGGCUCUGGGGAACCACCUCUACCUCUGUUGGACUCCUGAAAUCUGCUGAACCCGUCCGAAUAAACUACCCCACUGGAGUUCCCUUCCCCCGCGUGAAUCAAUACCCGCUGCCACGGGAAGCCAUCGAAGGGUUAAAACCGAUGAUAGAAGACUUCAUGGGACAGGGAAUACUCGUCCCCUGCUCAAGCCCCUGCAAUUCGCCGCUCCUGCCCGUCAAGAAAAUCGGGCCCCCAGGUACUCUCGUUAAAUAUCGUUUGGUCCAAGACCUCAGGAUUAUUAACAAUUUCGUCAUUCCCAGGCACGCCAUCACUGCAAACCCCAACACCAUCCUGACGGGAAUUCCGCCUCAAUGUACCCAUUUCACAGUAGUAGACCUCUGUUCCGCUUUCUUCUCAAUAAGGGUGCAUGAGGACAGCCAGUUCCUGUUUGCUUUCACCUGGGGACACAGUCAGUUAACGUGGACCAGGCUUCCACAAGGCUACCUUGAGAGCCCCACGAUUUUUGCACAGGCACUGCACAAGGAUCUGCAAGACCUGUCCUUCCCUGCAGGGUCGUCUCUCUUGAUGUAUGUUGAUGACCUUCUGAUAUCAAGUCCGUCUGAAGACAGCUGUAAACAGGACACCAUUUACCUCCUCAGCGCUUUAGCAGAGAAGGGACAUAAAGUGUCGCCAAAGAAGCUCCAGUUCUGCCUAACUAAAGUAAAGUACCUCGGACAUUACAUCGGGCAGGGAGUCCGUGCCCUCACACCAGAAAGGAUAGAAGCCAUCGAAAGAGUUCCUAUCCCCAAAACCAAGAAACAGCUACGUGGAUUUCUUGGCAUGAGCGGCUUCUGCAGAGCAUGGAUCGCCGGCUAUGGAGAACUAACCAAACCUCUCGUCCACAUGACUGGCAAAGAUGAACCAGAACCCUUGGUAUGGAGCAAGGAGUGCCUGAAUAACUUCGAAACCAUAAAAAGAGAACUAAAAAUGGCCCCAGCCUUGGGUCUCCCCGAUUACCGCCUCCCCUUCUCCCUCUUUGUGCAUGAACGUAAGGGAGUAGCGUCCGGGGUGCUCACUCAAUCUUUCAGGGGACAGGAGAGGCCAGUAGCAUACUACAGCGUCCAACUAGACAGCGUGGCAAGAGGGACGGUGGGAUGCCUCAGGGCCAUAGCCGCCGCCGCAGAACUUGUUGACAGGGCACUUGAAAUAGUUCGGAACCAGGAACUUGUCCUCAACGUGCCCCACUCCGUAGCCACCUUAUUGAACCUGCGUGGCUGCCAACACUUCAGCAACGAAAGACUCAACCAAUAUGAGGCUGCUCUGCUUACCCCAUCCAACGUACGGAUCAAACGGGUGAACACCCUCAACCCUGCCACCCUCCUUCCCCUUCCCGACGAUGGAACUCCCCACCACGACUGCACCCAAGCUGUCCGCCUAGCUGAAAAACCCAGAGAUGACUUGGACUAUCUCCCCCUCAGCGACCCUGACAUGACCAUAUUUACUGACGGCAGCUCCAAAACUAUUGCCGGGGUAAGAAGAACGGGGUACGCUGUCGUUACGCACGAACAGAUCCUAGAAGCUGCCCCCAUCUGCUCAAAGUACAGCGCCCAAGCUGCUGAACUAAUAGCGCUCAUAAGAGCAUGUGAAAUAGGAGAGGGCAAACGCAUCAAUAUCUACACGGAUUCCAAGUACUGUUUUGGAUUACUCCACGCCACUGGGACGCUCUGGAAACAGAGGGGAUUUUUGACAGCAGCUGGUACACAAAUCUCCCAUGCGGCCCUCGUCAAGAGGUUAAUGGACUCCAUUCACCUCCCAAAGGCAAUCUCUGUCAUCCACUGCAAGGCUCACACGAAGGGAACGGACUUUGUCUCGGUCGGAAACCGAAAAGCUGACGCGACAGCGCAGAGAGCCGCCAUCUCGGAACAGCCGAGAAAUGAAUUCCAGGCACUUGUAGCCCCCUCCGACGUAGACUUUGCCCGCAUGUACCAGUCCGCUGAUGCUGGGGAACUUAAAUUGUGGCAAGAACUGGGAGGAACAAAAACUAAUGACAUCUGGACCCUUCCGGACGGCCGCCUCCUGAUGCCCAAAACGUGGGUUCCCAAACAUUUGCGCGUCCUACACCAGUGCACACAUUGGGGUUCUUCAAGGCUGGCAGAAAGUAUGCUCAGACACUGGUACGCCCCGGGAGCCUACCAACACGCCAAGGCCAUCUUGAAGAACUGUGUGAUCUGCGCCGGCUUCAACCCCAAGAGGGAACCCAAGAAACCCCCAGGAUCUCGACCGUGGGCUUAUCUUCCUUUUGAAAGCCUCCAACUUGACUUCGCCGAACUUCCAAAGUGCCUGGGGUACAAAUUCCUCCUUGUCAUCACGGACCAACUGACCUUUUGGCCAGAAGCCUUCCCGUGCAAACGCGCCACCGCCAAUGCCGUUGCCCGCAUCCUGGUGCAGGAAAUCAUCCCCUGGUUCGGAGUGCCAAGACGCCUUGACAGCGACCGUGGGACACACUUCACAGCUGAAAUCGUGCAGUCUGUAGCCCGAGCCUUUGGCAUCAAAUGGCACCUUCACACCCCUUACCACCCCCCUUCCUCCGGCCAGACGGAGAGGAUGAAUGGACUCAUAAAGACCCAGCUAGGGAAAAUUUGCUCCGCCACGGGACUGAAAUGGAUUAAUGCGCUUCCCAUCGUGCUACACAAUAUUAGGAGCCAACCAAGGGGACUUCUAAAACUUUCUCCUUAUGAACUCCUAUUUGGCCGCCCCUCUCCCACCCACACAACUCAAUUGCCUGUAUCUGAACUCGAAGCGGGGGAGAACGAACUUGUUACAUACGUUACCCAACUGCAGCGCCAACUCAAGAGGCUACAUGAGUACGCUGCCACUGCUCAGAACGUUCCUUUGGAUGUAGAUGCCCACCUAUUCCAACCCGGGGACUGGGUUCUCAUAAAAUCGCUUAGGAAAGACACUCUUGAACCAUCGUGGGAGGGCCCGUUCCAGGUUCUCCUCACAACUCCUACUUCGGUAAAGGUACCAGAGAGGGGUGCGUGGAUUCACUAUACUUUCUGCAAGGCAUCUGCACCCCCCGCUGACCCCGAAGACAACACCGCAGACGCGGAGAGCCCCGCAACCACCGAUGACGGUCCUGGCAACGGCCGGGACACUCGCAACACCCCAACUGCUGGGGAAGAACCAGAUGAUUGCUCAGAGGCAAGAUGGCUCUCAAAAAUAGUGGUGGACCCUUGCCCAGAUGACCCCGACCGCCCUCCGAUAAAACUCCAAUUCCGAAGGGUGGAGAAUCCAUCACCUGAAACAACGUAG